AUGUCUACAAAAUCUAUCAUCUUACCUUUUCUUCUCCUAAUCAUCUUUGUCUCUUCAUCUCAAGCAAGUCGUCAACUUUGGGAUAGUGGAUUCCAUGAGUUCUUCUCCAAACACGGGUUUCACGGGAUGGCCGGAUUUCACGAAAAUGCGUUUCCCAAAAAUGGAGAUUUCAUGAGUUCGACUCAUACAUGCUCGAUGGAUGGACCUUGUAAGGGUAAGAAACUGACUUGUCCUGCGGAGUGCUACAAAUCAACCAACGUUGAAAAGGAAGGUUAUAAAAGCACCAGCAAGACAGGAGGCUGUUCAAUGGACUGUACCUCCAAGUGUGUGGCGACUUGUAAUAAUUAA